AUGCCCGGGAGGGUGGCAGCGAGAGGGGAACUGUGGGUGCCGGGCAGGGCUGGGCGGCUGGGCACUCGGGAUCCUGGCUGUGGGGGAAGCCUGGCACAGGAGGCUCUGGAGCUGUCCCCACGUGGGUGUGUGGCCAUGGGCUGCUGGAGGGGCCCGUGGGCAGUGCUGGGCUGCCUGCUGCUGCUGCACCUGCAGCCCGUGCCCGCCUGCCCGGGCGCCUGCCGCUGUGCCGCGGGGGAGGUGGACUGCAGCGAGCACGGCCUGAGCGAGGUGCCCUACGGCCUGGAGCCCAACACCAGCACCCUGUGGCUGGGCUACAACUUCAUCACUGUGCUGGGCCCGCUCUCCUUCCCUCCCCUGCCAGUGCUGCUGCUGCUCAGCCUGCCCCACAACCGCCUGGAGCUGCUGCACGAGCAGGCUCUGGAGGGGCUCAGGGCGCUGCAGGAGCUGGACCUCAGCAACAACCAGUUAACCACGCUGGCACCUGAAACCUUCCUGCCUCUCACCAGCCUGGUGAUGCUCAACCUGGGUGGCAACAGGCUGGGGAAGCUGGAUCCUGGGGUAUUGCAUGCCUUGCCCCAGCUCCGAGCCCUCCUGCUGCAGGACAACCCCUGGGUGUGCAGCUGCAGCGUCCUGCCGCUCUGGCGCUGGCUCAGCCACAACAGGGAAAAAGUGCGAGUGAAGAGUUUGAUCCUGUGCAGAGUCCCAGAGCAGCUGAACAAUUACCCGAUCAUGGCCUUCGGGAACGAGUCCUUCAGGCGAUGCCAGGAGGCCUCGCUGCCUGCCCAGCAGUACAUCACCUUCCUGAUCAUUGGACCCUUCUCCUUCAUGGCCAGUAUCUUCUUCUGCACCUUCGUGGGCUCCAUCACAGUUGCCUUCCACAACCUGCGCAGGGAACCUCACUUCUACAGGAGACCCCACAUCUGCAGGGGCUGAGGUGGGGCUCACCCCCUGAGGCAGGGUGACCAGGCUUUAACCAGUCUAAGCCUCUCUAGACUCUAGAGCUGUCUACACCCUGCUGUUGCAAACAUUUCCAUGUGGACCUGGAAAAGGAUGCUCUGUUCCUGGAAAUUGCUUCUCCAGAGGAUGCUCUGUUCCUGGAAGUUCCUCCUAGAGUCCUCCAAGACAAUGCCAUGCUCCCUCUGCCUUGCUGCUGGGGGAAGCAACCUCCAGCUCAGCCCUGCUAGGGGGCACAGUCUGGCUGCAGCUGCUCUCAGUGUUUUGGGAGGCUCCCCCCAGGCCCCCCUCUGACCUGCACAGCCCCUUUCCUGGGGCAGGAGGCAGCUGAUCCUUCUCCUCCAGCUCACCCUGUCCUGCUCCUUCUGCUGCCCAGAGCCCUCAGGGUACAUUUCAGGAUGCAUAGGAUGCCUCUGUGUGCCUUUUGAUGUGUCCUGAGAGCCUGCAUAUCCCUCUGGGUGCCUUUGAAUGCACCUCAGGAGCCUCUGUUUGCCUUUUUGCUGCAGUGCAGGAGCCUCUGCAUGCCUCUCUGCUUGUCACAAAACCCUCCUUGGCCAUUUUGGUGCUCCCAGCACCUUCCACGUGCCAUUUAGUGGCCCCAUCAGCCUGAAGGUGCCCUUCUGUGCCCUUGAGACCUCUUGACUUUGCUUUUCAUGCAUCCACAUGCCAUCCAUUAGGCUCUCUGUAUGCUGACAGACAUUGAUUUGCCUUUUAACGUGUCCCAGAGCUCUCCAUAUGCCUUCUGUUGCACCUGAAGAUCUCUGGGUGCCUUUGGAGCACUCCAGGGCCUCCACAGGACUUUCACAAAUCCCAGAGCCCUCUGUGUGCUGCCCAAGGACAGGGCAGGUUGCAAAAUACGUCUUUCAAUAGUUUGUUGGGUAUUUUUCUUCCCUGGUGUCAAGGCUGCUAGUGCUAAGAAGGCUCAGCCAACAACCAAGACCUAGGGUGAGGCUGGAGUUUAGGGCGAGGGCUGGAAGGAAACAGAGCCUCGAGCUCUCACUGAUAUGGUUUGGCAAAGAGGCUGCACAAUGUUUCCUGAGGCUAAAGCUCAUCCAAGGCCAAGGUCUGGGAUUAGCUCAGUGAUGGGAGUGGAGAUAAAAGAGCCCUUGUGAGUUUACAGCACAGAGCCUGCGGCUCUUGUUGCUGCCACUCCCCCUGUCACCUUUGAAGAGGAGCAGGGGCUGGCUCUGCGCUUCCUUGCCCUGCUGCCUCCUGCCCUUUCCUGAAGAGAUGCUUCUCCUCUGUAUUGCAUGGAAAUGCUGGGGGAGAUGGCCUGGAAGGAGCUGGAGCUGUGCUUCAGAGGAAAACACAAGUUGGAAUGACAAAAACAUCUCUCAAGAAGGAGCCCUUUCUGGCAGGAGUUCUUACCCAGCGCGAGGUGGUAAGAGCCAUGAUGUGAAGAUUGUGGCCACCAGCCUCCCCCUGUUCACUCAACCUCAUGCAAGAGCUGCAGGACAAGCCAGGGAUGGGACAGGGGUCAGUGCAUCCUUUGGCAAGCUC